AUUUGAAGUAAACUGUUAAACUGAAUUCAGAACAUGAGAAAUAUAACCGUAACACAAUGUUGUUAUACAGUAUAAUAUCUCGAAGUAGUAAGAAAUGCAAAAGAUGAGAAGACAAAAAGCAUGUCUCCUGCACAAGGUUUUUAAUUUUUAAUGUGAUUCAACAUGUAUGACUGUAUGGAGAAUUAUUAUCAACAUGAACACUGGAUCUCACAUGAUUUGUUUCCAUCAGAUAUAAAGAAAUGUGUUGAAUAUUCAGCUGCAGACUGAUUUGCAUAUUUCUCAGCCUGGCUACUGUUACUGAGUUCUGUCUAAAGGAGAAGUGGUGAAUCUCUAAUAUGAGCUAAAUUGUGUCGUUUUCACACACAGUUCUCCCUCCGUUCAGUGUAGAAGCGUCAGCUUGAGCUCUGUCUUCAACUCUCUUCUCUGGUGAAUGUAAAUGAUGGAAACAUUGGUGACGUUCCUCCUCACUGGAUCUCUGAUACAAGGUGUUUUGUGUGGCUUUAAUAUCAAUCUGCCGAAUAAAGUAGAAGCUCUGAACGGAUCCUGUGUUUUCAUCCCCUGCACAUUUGAUAUUGAACAACAAUAUGAAGCUGACCUCACUGACAGUGCAAAGAGAUUGUGGUUUAAAGUCAGAAACCCUCACGUUAUAGUGUUUGACUCCAGCAGCCCCAACACUGGACAGUUAAAAGGAGAAAUAUUUGGCACUGCUACACAGAAAAACUGCACCACACGCUUCGAUAAUGUUGAUCAGAGACAUAAUGGGUCAUAUUACUUCAGAAUCGAAACCAGUGGUAAAUUGAAAUAUAACUACAGAGGACCUAUAUACUCUCCAGUUAAAAUUGUCGUCUUAGGAUCUCCACCCAAACCUACACUGAUUGUCUUUAAGGAUCAGCAGAAGGUGAUGAAGAAGAAGGUGGAGGUGAUUGAGGGAAGUUCAGUGAGUCUGCGCUGCUCUACUAAGAUCUUCUGUCCGUCUCGUCCAUCAUCUCUCACAUGGAGCUCGUCUCUCAUCGAGAGCGUCACAGGACGACAGUAUCAGAGCCAAACUGAGCUCAUCUCUGAUCUGAACUUCACUGUUUCUCACCGUCAUCACAGAGUCACUUUCACCUGCACUGCAACACACCAGAUACAGCAGCAGAACACAACACAAGAGUCUCGUCUGCUACACGUUCAGUAUGCUCCUAAAAACACAUCUGUGAGGAUAAAUCCAGCUGGUUUAGUUCUGGAGGGUCGUUCAGUGACUCUGAUCUGCAGCAGUGAUGCAAACCCAGCAGUGAACUACACCUGGUACAGAGACACUGAGAGACCUCUGAAUCCAGUUCAGACCGGACCAAACCUGACUAUCAACAACACCGACCCGACACACAGCGGACGAUACUACUGUACAGCUGAGAACAAACACGGCACACAGACCUCAUCAGUGCUGCUGGACGUCCAGUAUGCUCCUAAAAACACAUCUGUGAGGAUAAAUCCAGCUGGUUUAGUUCUGGAGGGUCGUUCAGUGACUCUGAUCUGCAGAAGUGAUGCAAACCCAGCAGUGAACUACACCUGGUACAGAGACACUGAGAGACCUCUGAAUCCAGUUCAGACCGGACCAAACCUGACCAUCAACAACACCGACCCGACACACAGCGGACGAUACUACUGUACAGCUGAGAACAAACACGGCACACAGAACUCAUCAGUGCUGCUGGACGUCCAGUAUGCUCCUAAAAACACAUCUGUGAGGAUAAAUCCAGCUGGUUUAGUUCUGGAGGGUCGUUCAGUGACUCUGAUCUGCAGCAGUGAUGCAAACCCAGCAGUGAACUACACCUGGUACAGAGACACUGAGAGACCUCUGAAUCCAGUUCAGACCGGACCAAACCUGACCAUCAACAACCCCGACCCGACACACAGCGGACGAUACUACUGUACAGCUGAGAACAAACACGGCACACAGAACUCAUCAGUGCUGCUGGACGUCCAGUACGCUCCAAAAAACACAUUGUUGUCAGUGUUUCCCUCCAGCUCAGUGAUGAUGGGCAAUCCAGUGACUCUGAUCUGCAGCAGUGAUGCAAACCCAGCAGUGAACUACACCUGGUACAGAGACACUGAGAGACCUCUGAAUCCAGUUCAGACCGGACCAAACCUGACCAUCAACAACCCCGACCCGACACACAGUGGACGAUACUACUGUACAGCUGAGAACAAACACGGCACACAGAACUCAUCAGUGCUGCUGGACGUCCAGUAUGCUCCAAAAAACACAGCAUUGUCAGCAUUUCCCUCCAGCCCAGUGAUGAGGGGCAAUCCAGUGACUCUGAACUGCAGCAGUGAUGCAAACCCAGCAGUGAACUACACCUGGUACAGAGAGACAGGGUCUCAGUUUGAGCUCCUCCAGACUGGAUAUAAUCACACCUACAUUGUGACAAACCCUACACACGGAGCAUGGUAUGGCUGUAAAGCUCAAAACCAGCAUGGCCUCUGCAAUGCUACAAUUCAGCUGGAUGUUCAGUUUGCACCCAAUAUCUCCAUCUCUUGCAGUCGAAGCAGUGUAACGGAGUGUGUGUGUGAGGCUCAUGGGAAUCCCUGUCCUACACUAGAGUGGCGUCUGUCUGGACGUGUGCUCACUAACUCUACAGAAACCUCCAUCAGUGAGGAGACGUUAGGAAGCACAGGAGUGAAGAGCGUCCUGAACAUCCAUCAGUCCCUCACAGACACGGACGUCCUGCAGUGUUUCAGCACAAACGAACAUGGCAGCACCAGCCAACAGUUUCAGUUCGUCCCACCGCCACAAGACACACGUUUCCAUCAUCAGUCGGUGCUGCUCGGAGCUGCUGUCGGAGCCUCAGUGAUGAUGAUCGCAUGCUUCGUGAUGCUCUGCUAUAAACGAAGAAGGAAAGAAAAAUCUUCAGAAACCACACAAGAUGAGACAUCUGGAUUCAUUCUGACUCAAACAGCCGUUUCUCUGGAUAAUGACAGUGAGUCUGUUUACGCCAAUAAAGGCAUGAUGUCAUCCACAGCACCGAGUGCACCUGAAUCUCUUCAUUAUUCCUCCAUCGACUUCACAAAUGCUGACCCGCCGUCAGGAGAGAUCAUGGGCCUUGCCUCGCUGACCAGUGAAUACGCUGCAAUCCGACGGCGUCCUGCAGGAGCCACAGACACAGAGAACAACGCCUCAACAUCUGAGACAGAGCCCAAAAAAACACACAUGACAGCAAAGAUCACAGACACAUCCUCACCGGCAUCAGAAGACGUGAUUUAUGAAAACACAAACCAUCGCUACAGACAGAAGUGCUAAGUUUAAUCUUUGAGAAUCUAGAGAAGUCUAUAAAAAAAGGGGUCAAAAGUUCAUUCAUGCAUUUUUCUUACCAGAUCAGCAAUGGAAAAUGUACUUGACCUCAGAGUGUUGUUUGUGUCACACAUUUAUUUUGUGAACACUGUCAGCUUCUUCUGGUGUCACACUUUAACACACAAACCACUUUAAAAAAAAAAAGGAGUUUCCCAGAAGGAGCUGCAUAAUUUAUUUUUACAAUUGUAUUUUAUUAUACAGCAAUGUAUUUUAUUUCCUAUUCAAAAUAUAUUUAUUUUUAUGUCUAUUUUUACUUUUUUUUUUAAAUUAAAUUUAUAAUUAUCAGUUGUGUUUUAAGAGAUGUGCAUCAAAUUUAUCCAAUGUUUCUGAAGAAACAAUAGUCUACAAUCUCUAUUAAUAAUACUGGGUGCUACUGGGGUUCCUCAAGGCUCAGUACUUGGACCACUUCUCUUCUCCAUCUACAUGACAUCAUUAGGAUCUGUCAUUCAGAAGCAUGGCUUUUCCUAUGCUAUGCUGAUGACACUCAAUUCUACUUCUCAUUCCAACCAGAUGAUCUGACGGUAGCUGCUUGCAUUGCAGCCUUGUCUUACAUUUCUAGCUGGAUGAAUGACCAUCGCCUUCAGCUCAACCUUACUGAGACAGAAAUGGUGGUGGUUCAAGCUAACCCAUCUUUUCAUCACAACUUCUCAAUACAGCAGGGUUUGUCAACCAUAACUCCUUCAAGGACAGCCAGAAAGGAGUUGUGAUGGAUCAUCAAUUAAGCUUCACAGACCAUAUUGCUACAACGACCCGGUCCUGCAGGUUUGCCUUAUACAACAUUAGGAAGAUUAGACCCUUCCUUUCAGAGCAAGCCACCAAACUUCUUGUCCAAGCUUUUGUUUUCUCCAGACUGGACUAUUGUAAUGCUUUCCUGGCGGACCUUCCUGCAUGUACUGUCAAGCCUCUGCAACUGAUCCAGAUUGCAGCAGCGAGGGUUGUCUUCAAUGAGCCAAAAACAGCUCACGUUACUCUUCUCCUCAUCAGAUUACAUUGGCUACCAGUAGCCACAUCAGAUCCAAGGUACUGAUGCUUGCCAAGACGACCACUGGCAUGGCACCAAUAUACCUAAACU